CAGGUGGUGAACGUUUCAGUUGUCUCCGCUGCAUCCUAAGCUGCACACUGGACCCAAAAUGAAAUCUUUUCAACUUGUUGUAAGUGCGGUGAUCCUUGCUGUUUCCAUUGUGGAUGCGUUGAAUAGAAACUCGUUUGAUCAAAUCAAAGGAUGUAAGCAGUACAACAGUGUGGUAGAUUACCAUGGUGCGAUUCCAUACUUUUCCACGGCAAACAUGCUGCACGUCGGUAACACAGGCCGCUCCAAGCGGUUCAAAAUCGCAAUUCUUGGCCCUAGCGAUGGACAUAUUCGGUUCGGCAAAACGUUAUUUCCUUACGACAGCGAUGUGAUAGAGAUAGUGCUCGGAGGAUGGAAAAACACUAAGAGUGCUGGACGACGACAGCGCCGAACAGGAUCAAAUCGGAACACCAACACCCAGCUCGGCGAAGCUCAAACCCCAAACCUGAUGUCCCAGUACCGGCCUGUAAUGUUUGUGCUUGAGGUGUUCAACGAUGGUCGGGUGGAAGUGCGUCUCGAUGGACAACCAACACCCUUCUUGACGUUCAACGACAGUUAUCAUAUUUCUGUUGACUACAUGGCAUUUACCAAGUGGGAAAAAGAUUUGAUUUUCUUUUAUGACUGUCCUCUGAAUAAUGAAAGCAAAUGAAUGCGUUCUGAUGAUUCCUACGAAUACAAAAAAAUCCCCCUAUGUCACAA